UAAUUUCCCCACCGGUGUUUGAACGCAGCACCGGUCGCCGACUGCCUUUUACAUUGUGAACGUUGCUUACCUCCCACGGCCCAGUCGUCCUCGUCCUCCGGGAGCCGACGACCGACUGGCGGAACAGGCGCCAGGUGAAAGCCCAACGAACCGUCGCCUGGAGCCGACUACCAGGGCCCGAGCAUGGGGAGGAGGGUAACCGGCGACGAGCGUGCGCUGAGCGGCAUGCCGCUGUGACGACCCCCCCGCUCUCCCUCUCCCCUCCAGGAAACAUCCAACACUUUUCCAAGUGCACACGCAACAUGACCAUUUUCAAGCAAGAGAAUGUCGAGGAAUUUUAUGAGAUCGGAGAAGAACUGGGCAGCGGCCAGUUCGCAGUCGUUCGGCGGUGUCGGCAGCGGAACACAGCCACCGAGUAUGCCGCCAAGUUUAUCAAGAAGCGACGUAGCAAGUCGAGCCGGCGCGGCGUGACACGGGAGGACAUUGAGCGUGAGGUCAACAUCCUGAAAGAGAUCCAGCACCCCAACAUCAUCACGCUGCACGAGGUCUUUGAGAACAAGGCCGACGUCAUCCUCAUACUGGAGCUCGUGGCCGGUGGAGAACUCUUUGACUUCCUGGCGGAGAAAGAAUCGUUGAGCGAGGAGGAAGCAACGCAGUUCCUCAAGCAGAUCUUGGAUGGAGUCUUCUACCUGCACUCCAAACAUAUCGCUCACUUUGACCUCAAGCCGGAGAACAUCAUGCUGUUGAGCCGCUCUGUGCCUCACCCACGCAUCAAGCUCAUUGACUUCGGCCUGGCGCACAAGAUCGAUUUUGGCAGCGACUUUAAAAACAUUUUCGGAACGCCGGAGUUUGUCGCUCCUGAGGUGGUAAACUACGAGCCUCUGGGCUUGGAGGCAGACAUGUGGAGUGUUGGUGUGAUAACAUACAUUCUGCUGAGCGGCGCCUCACCCUUCCUGGGCGACAACAAGCAGGAGACUUUGGCCAACGUGUCGGCCGUGGACUACACCUUUGAAGAAGACUUCUUUGGUGGCACCAGCAUCCUGGCCAAAGACUUCAUUGCCAGACUCCUCGUCAAAGACCCCAAAAAGAGGAUGACCAUUCAGGACAGCCUUCAGCACCCCUGGAUCAAGCCCAAAGACACUCAACAGGCGCUGAGUAGAAAAGAGUCCGCGGUCAACAUGGAAAAGUUCAAGAAGUUCGCCGCUCGAAGAAAAUGGAAACAAUCUGUGAGACUCAUCUCCUUGUGCAACCGCUUGUCACGCUCCUUCCUGUCCAGAAGCAACAUGAGUGUGGCGCGCAGUGAUGAUACAUUGGAUGAGGAAGACUCAUUCGUGAUGAAGGCAAUCAUCCAUGCUAUCAACGAUGACAACGUUCCGGGGCUGCGGCAUCUGCUGGGCUCGUUGAACAGCUACGACGUCAAUCAACCCAACAAGCAUGGGACGCCGCCCCUGCUCAUAGCGGCCGGCUGUGGAAACGUGGACAUCAUCAAGUUGCUCAUGACGAAAGGAGCCCACAUUCAAACCCACGACAAGAGUGGAGCCAACGCCAUCUACUAUGCGGCGAGACACGGCCACGUGGACACCCUCAAAUUCCUCCAUGCCAACAAAUGUCCUCUGGACAUACAAGAUAAGUCUGGAGAAACGGCUCUCCAUGUGGCGGCUCGCUACGGUAAUGUGGACGUGGUGAGCUACCUCUGCAGCAUCCGGGCCAACCCAGACCUCUGUGACAGGGAGCGAGAGACUGCUCUCCACUGUGCCGCCUGGCAUGGCUACUCGGCUGUGGCCCGGGCACUCUGCAGAGCCGGCUGCCGUGUGGACGCCAAGAACCGUGAGGGCGAGAGCGCCCUGCUCACCGCGUCAGCCCGUGGCUUUGUGGAUAUCGUGGAGUGCCUGGCGGAGCAUGAUGCCGACCUGGAAACCUCCGACAAGGAUGGCCACACAGCUCUCCACCUAGCUGUGCGGCGGUGCCAGCUGGAGGUGGUCCACUGCCUCCUGGCGCGGGGCUGUCAUCUGGACCGUCAGGAUCGCCACGGCAACGUGCCGCUGCACAUUGCCUGCAAAGAUGGAAACUUGGCCGUCGUUGUGGCGCUCUGCAGUGCCCAAGCCGUCCUCGACAUCCCCAACAAGUACGGCCGGACCCCCCUCCACCUAGCUGCCAGCAACGGUGGUCUGGAAGUGGUGCGUCACCUCUGCCUGUCCGGAGCCAACACGGACACCGUCACCAAUGAUGGAAAAACGGCUGAGGACUUGGCUUCAGCUGAGCAACAUGACAGUAUAGUGGCCUUGUUGGGGAAGCUUAAAAAGGACAACCACAAGCUGGCCUUCAUCCAGCAGCUGCGGCCCACGCAGAUGUUGCAGCCACGCAUCAAGCUCAAGCUCUUCGGCCAUCAAGGGGCGGGCAAGAGCACGCUGCUAGAGUCACUCAGAUGUGGCAUCCUGCGCAGCUUCUUCCGCCGGCGCCGGACCACCCGCAUGACCAACUCGGCACGACACCCCAACUCUCCAGUCAAUUCCAAGCCCACUGUGUCGGUGAGCAUCUCCAAUUUGUACCCGGGCUGCGAGAACGUAAGCGUGCGCAGUCGCAGCAUGAUGUUCGAGCCCAGCCUGACUAAAGGCGUUAUGGAGGUGUUCUCGCCCGUGCACAGCGGCCCGUCUCCUGCCGCCACCGACGAGCAGGCCACUCGGGCCAUCGACAUCCAGCACGCCAACAUCCACGGCGUGGGAGAUUUCAGCGUGUGGGAGUUUUCUGGCAACCCCGUCUACUACUGCGCCUAUGACUACUUUGCGGCCAAUGACGCCACGGCGGUCCACAUGGUGGUUUUCAGUCUGGAGGAGCCAUACGAGAGCCAGCUGAGCCACAUCAGCUACUGGCUCAACAUGCUCAAGGCCCUCACGCCACCGCACGACCACAUCCUUUUCGGAGGGAGGGUCCAGCGGCCCCUGGUGGUGGUCCUGGUGGGCACGCAUGCAGACCUGGGGGAUGUUCCCAGGGGUUUCUCCGGAGAGUUCAGCUACAACAAAGAGAGGGCCCUCCUCAAGGAAGUCAGGAGCAGGUUUGGAAAUGAUCUGCAGAUCAGCGACAAGUUGUUUGUAAUGGACGCCGGCGCUUCCAACUCCAAAGACAUGAAGCUGCUGAGGAAUCAUCUCCAGGAGCUGCGCGCUCAUAUCGUCUCUAGCUGUGGCGCGAUGACGCUGCUGUCAGAGCGUCUGCUGGUGGCGCUUCCCGCCUGGCGUAAGUUGAGCGGACCUAACCAGCUGACGUCGUGGCAGCAGUUUGUUAGUGACGUCCAGGAGAACAUCAACCCGCUGGUCAGCCAGCAGCACCUCAGAGGCCUGGCACUACAGCUGCACAGCAUGGGAGAAAUCAACAUCAUGCAGAGUGAAACGGUGCAGGAUGUGGUCCUGCUGGAGCCGCGGUGGCUCUGUAGCACUGUUUUGGGCCGUCUGCUGUCAGUGGAGACGCCCAAAGCCAUCCACCACUACAGGGGGCGCUACAGACUAGAGGAGGUGCAGGCCCUGGCACCCGACAGCGACGUGGAAGAGCUGCUGCAGAUCCUGGACGCCAUGGAUGUGUGCGCCCGCGACGCCACCGAACCAGCCAUGGUGGACGUGCCGGCCCUCAUCAAGGCGGGCGGUCUGCGGCGCUCGUGGACCGAGGACGAAGCCGAGGGGGACGCUGCUGCCGUAUACGGUGGCGUCCGGCUGGUGCCCGCUGAGCAUCUAGCUGCCUUCCCGUGCGGUUUGUUCCACAAGCUGCAGGUCAACCUGUGCCGAUGGAGUCGACAGCAGAAGCCCGAAGACGACGAGGAAGAAAGAUACGCCGACAUCCACCUGUGGACAGAUGGGGCAAAGGUGAGCCGGUCGGGCACGGAAGCCAUGGUUCUGCUGGUAAACCACGGCCAGGGUUUGGCGAUCCAGGUGCGCGGGCACGAGUCACAACGGGCCAAGUGCUAUGCCCUGCUGGACACCGUGUGCAGCAUCGCUGAGAACCUGCUGGCGUCCACACUGCCAGGCCUGCUUACCGCCAAGUACUACCUGAGCCCCCAGCAACUACGUGAGCGACACGCUCCCAUCAUGGUGUACCAGCCCAAGGACUUCCUGAGGGCACAGGCGCAGAGGGAGACCUCGCUCACCAACACCAUGGGAGGAUACAGAGAAAGCUUCAGUGCAAUCCUGGCCUUUGGGUGUGCAGAGGUAUACCAGCGUGGCAUCCUGGGCCCUGACGUGCAUAUCGCCGAUGUUCCGCCACUGGCCCGUCGUAAGCUGUGUCGCAUGCUGGACCCGCCUGAUGCCCUUGGUAAGGACUGGUGCCUUCUCGCCAUGAACCUCGGCCUCAGUGAGCUGGUGGCUAAGCACAGCGGCAACGGGACGCCGCCCAACGGGACGCCGCCCAACGGGACGCCGCUCGACACCCCGCCCAGCCCGACGGCAGCCCUGCUGCACGAGUGGAGCGGUCGUCCAGGCAGCACGGUGGGCCUCCUUAUGUUCAAGCUACGAGAGCUGGGCCGAAGGGACGCCGCUGACUUCCUCCUGAAGGCCUUGCCCAUCUUCAGAGUGAACGCGGAUGGGCUGGGCACCAACACCAACGGUUACUGCAACAGUCACUCCGCCACAUGCAAUGGGGGCACAUUCUACAACUCCAUCAGCUCCGUCAUUUCCCGCUAAAAGACCCACUCACCACACAACUGUACAGUCACACUCCAGCGUGAGGAAACUUUGACGUUUGUACAGCCCAUCAUUUUCAUCCUCCGUGAAUGUUGUCAAAGCGCUGCUUGUCCCCAAAGAGCAAGUCCGAGCUCCUUUCACACUGCCAGUCUUAAGCCGCCUUUUUUCCCCCCACCUCGUUCUUUUGCACGUAAGGUACUGAUACCAAAAUCACAAGUUGACCCAUUUCCAACCUGGUACUAGAGGCGUAUUUGUGUGAAUAUCACGAGUCUUGCUUGCCAUCCCACUUUGUGUUGAAAGUACUGUAAUUGUCACCAUCCCAGGAAUAGACCAGGCCUUUUGUAAGUCAGGUACCGAUACUGAAUUCACGUCAAGUUGACCCAUUUCCAUCAUGGUAUCCUAGACGUAAAAGUGUGAAGUUUACCACAGUACAGUCGAGACUCUCUGGACAGGCCACUUUGCCUCAAAAGCAAUUGUCCCCGUCCCAGAAGUUGCCCAAGCCUUUGUAAGUAGUUUCAGAGCAGCGGGACAACAGCUUUGUAUAAAGAAAUUCUGCAAUACAAACACAGGGGUGUGAAGUUUAACACCCAGCACUCAUUCCUCCUGCCUCUCUGUGUCAAAAGCAAUUUUCUCAGUUCCAGAUGCAGGCGCUGAAGAUGCCGCGCUUCUUAUCCAAUUACGUGAAACCACAAUAGCUGUGUGACUGCGGAGAUGGCAAUGUCCCACUUGGGCAAGUGCUGUCUGAAAAGCACAGCAGAAACCCUCCAGCUCUACAGUUACACCUCUAGUGCGCCAGUUUCCCGGGAAUAUCGUCAAAAGCCCCUCUCACACCGGGUUUAUAAGCCAUCUUUUUCCACGCUCAAUGCGAGUUGCGGGUGAUUGAAUUCAACCCGUGAAUUAUCAGAGGCAAGGUUAGCGGGACCACAGUGUGAACUUAAACACAAGAGACCCGCUGGCCACACCCCCUUUGUGUCAAAAGCAAUUGCCGCAUCUAAUUAUCUGAUUGCAUGACGCCGCAACGGCCGUGUGCUUAGCGCACAAGCGGAUACGUUACAUUACCAGGAGUGUAAAAGGGGCUAUGAGAUUCCGUUUUUAUUCACCUCCUCGUGCUGCUUUUGAGACUCUGUUCACACUUGUAAUUUGAUACUCAGAUCUCAUGAUCUGAUUGUUGUGUUAAAGUGCACACAGGUUGAGGCAGUAGCCCACCUUUGCUGUGUUUGUGUAAAAGGCACCAACGGAAAAAUGCUGGAUCUACUGUUACGUCUCGUCUCUGAUGCUCUAAUUGUUCUGCUAUUUCCCCUCAGUGUCGCUGUUCUGUGCCACGUCAAGUUUUGGACUUUAAAGGUAAUAUCAGAGUUGUAACAGAAGCGGGACAAUCGGGAAUGACGCAAUCUGGACGGGUGUGACGUUUAACACCCGCCACUCACUUUUCCCGCCCUGUUGUGUUGAAAGCAAUUGUCUUACCAGACAUUGACUUCAUCUAAUCAUCUGAUGAUACCGCCUUCGCUGGGUGCUGUGUAAAAGUCAAAAGCAGUUUUAACUGAACCAAACAAUUGUGAACACAGCCUGUAUGUACAUUAUAUACGUGUAUGUUUUACACACUUGAGCGCACAUGGUUUACCGUUUUCGCAGCCAAAGUGAUGCCGUAAUCACCACACAUUUAUCUCGGCCUUUUCUUGUCAUGCCAUCGCAUUUAAUCCCAGUGCCUUUACGGCCUUCUACCUCCCCCAAGCACAAAUAAGAGCAGGUGCCUUGUCCGCACGAAGCGUUACAAUUACUAUAGCCCACAAUGUCUUAUGUCUUAGGUCUUCAGGAUUCACUCAAAGGGAAUUUUUAUGUUGAAUGCUGUCUCAUAACUGGAAAGUACAUUCAAUAUAAUAUAUAAUAAUAGAAACAUUUUGCCAUUUUUGGCCAGUCCCGUUAAGGAUAAAAUUGAUUUUUAAUAAGAAAAACAACCAAAAAAUAUUUUUUACAUUUUGACAUGUUCAAAAUGGUUUGUACUCAAUGUGUAGUGCUUAACAGAUGUAUGGAUUGAUCGACCACCCGGCGUCAUUAAGUGCUUUAAUGUGAACUCGUUCUCGAUGGUUUUACAAUUUCAAAAAGGAAUUUGUAACUUAGCAUUCAACCACUAAAACAUAACUUUUCAAUAACUAUUUUAAUGACUUUAGUACAUUUUUGGGUAACAGUAAGUAUUAAAGCUGUGAGCUGCAAUGAACGGGCCCUUGCACCCCCUUUUUUGACGAUGAAUCAGCAAAAAAUAAAUGAAUAAAUACAUCUUUUGCAUCGCCCAUCUGUGUAAGACACCUGCUUCCGAUUUUGGCUCAUUCUCACAAAUUUGCAAGUAGGCAUUUGUCCCAAAAUUGUUGCUUCAAACAGAAAUGACUUUCCUGUUUAAUUUGGAGCAUGGGUCAUUGAGACAUUUUUGUGCAUCCUGUCACAAGAGACAUGUCCACCCAAUUUUGUGUCAAUCAGUGAAACUGGCGUCCAGGGUUUAAAAUGUUUAACCUUCCAGGGGGCGCUAAUGAGUCGUGUUGAGGACCCCCGUUUUCACCAGGAUACACGCACUUGCAAAUUGCGGGCAGUUUUUGGGCAUGUUGAGGUCUCUCCAAAUUACAAUUUCUAAUAAUAAAAUAGAAGUCAGUCAAAGUAAAAGCCCUGGAAAUUGCCCAAAAUGGCUGCUUGAAACCAUAAGGGCUGACUUCCUGUUCAAUUUGGGGCAUAAGUCAUUGAGACUUUUUCAUGCGCCCUCUUAUGGUAGACGUCCACCCGAUUUUAUGUUGAUUGGUGAAACUGGUGCUGUUUUUUUUUUUAAUAAAAUGUUUUCCCCUAAACUUUCCAGGGAGUUAAGUGAGUGUAAUUGGGGAGUUUUGGGGAAAGUUUAUAAAUUAAUUGGAACAAUACUAGAAUAAACAAAAUUUUCCAGUAAGAUCAAAGACAUGAAUAAUUUCAUCAAAAUCUUUAUAUAUUAUGCUAUUUGUCCAUCCAUCCACCCAUUUUCUGAGCCGCUUCUCCUCACUAGGGUCACGGGCGUGCUGGAGCCUAUCCAAGCUAUCGUCAGGCGAAAGGCGGGGUACACCCUGAACUGGUCGCCAGCCAAUCGCAGGGCACAUAGAAACAAACAACCAUUCACACUCACAUUCACACCUACGGGCAAUUUAGAGCCUUCAAUCAACCUACCGUGCAUGUUUUUGGGAUGUGGGAGGAAACCGGAGUGCCCGGAGAAAACCCACGCAGGCACAGGGAGAACAUGCAAACUCCACACAGGCGGGGCCGGGAUUUGAACCCCUGUCCUCAGAGCUGUGAGGCAGAUCAUAUGAAAUUUGCAUUUCGUUAGCCUAAUUGCCUGUCUCUUUGGCAACUUCACUAAACAAGAGGAGUCCAGUUGCCUCGAUUCAACCUUUGCAGAUUACCAUGAUCUGGAUGACUGACAAUCUACACAGACAUAAAGACAAAACCAAAUUUUUAAACAAGCACAUUGCUAUUUUUGUUGAUAUUCUGAGUGUAAAUUAAAAAUGACUGAGGCUAUUAGGCUAACGAUUUUAAUUUUUCCCUUUUCAUGUAAUUUCCAGCCUGUUAAAACAAAAAUUCACACGAAUUAGAUUUGACACUCCUCCGCGUCCUCUCUCAGGAAACUGUGGCACCAUUAAAGCUGACAUUAGCUGUUAGCUCCCUGGCCGUGAACAAAAGUAACUUCUUCUAACCCAAUGAAUCGAAGUUUGAUAUCGCGUCGCUUUAGCGUCCUCCAUUUUGUCUUUUGUCUUUGACGUGUCCUCCAUUUUGUGUUCAACUUCCUCCAUUUUGUCCCCUCAUUGGGCCAUAUAAAUGGGCCAAAAGCUGCUAAAUGUUACAUUUUGACCAUGUUUUCUAGAAGUCUAUUCCUACCUAUCCUUCCACACUUUGUUGUAAUCUUUUAUUUUCUUAAUUUUCUAUUCCUUUUGUGUCACUUGGCUGGCUUUUUUACAUCAAUUGAAUGUACGACAAAAAAAAACAAAAACCCCUGAGGUUCACUGCGUUAACGUGUUUUUACGUGUAAAUGUUUCCAAUGUUGUGUGACUUUAAACAUACCAUAGCCUUGUCCAAUAUCACACCCAAUAUGAACUGAAAGGGAAUAGUUUUAUUUGUAUUGGUUUUUUUAAACAAUGACAUCCUUGUCUCUGACCAAAACCGAAAAGGAUUUUAACCAGCUUUUUAAAAAAGUAAUUAUUUGAAUUUGUUUUUUGUCUGCUCUAUUUAUGUUCUGUUCCUUCAGCAUGUUCUCACUACUUUAUAGUGUUUUUUUAAAAAAAUAUAAAUUAAAAAAUUCUUUAUCGAA